UCACAGUUGCUAUAAAUACUCACGAGAUAAAGUAGGGUUUCUCUCUCUCAUUUGGUCGUGUACUCGGAUCUCUCGAGCGGCGGAAGCGGCGACUUUUGUGCUCUCUCUCUUCGAUCUCUUCUUUGCUCUCGUUUGCUUUUUGCAGUAAGCCAUGGGGAAGGAGAAGGUUCACAUCAACAUUGUUGUUAUUGGCCAUGUCGACUCUGGCAAGUCGACCACCACCGGACACCUCAUCUACAAGCUUGGUGGCAUCGACAAGCGUGUGAUCGAGAGGUUUGAGAAGGAGGCAGCUGAGAUGAACAAGAGGUCAUUCAAGUAUGCCUGGGUGCUUGACAAGCUGAAGGCUGAGCGUGAGCGUGGUAUCACCAUUGAUAUCGCUCUCUGGAAGUUUGAGACCACUAAAUACUACUGCACAGUCAUUGAUGCUCCAGGCCAUCGUGAUUUCAUCAAGAACAUGAUCACCGGGACUUCUCAGGCCGACUGUGCUGUCCUCAUUAUUGACUCUACCACUGGUGGUUUUGAAGCUGGUAUUUCCAAGGAUGGUCAGACUCGCGAGCACGCUCUUCUUGCCUUCACUCUUGGAGUCAGGCAGAUGAUUUGUUGCUGUAACAAGAUGGACGCCACAACGCCGAAGUACUCGAAGGCAAGGUAUGAUGAAAUUGUGAAGGAAGUCUCAUCCUACCUCAAGAAGGUUGGCUACAACCCCGAUAAGAUUCCCUUCGUCCCGAUCUCCGGCUUCGAAGGUGACAACAUGAUUGAGAGGUCCACCAACCUCGACUGGUACAAGGGCCCCACGCUUUUGGAAGCCCUGGACCUGGUCCAGGAGCCCAAGCGCCCCUCAGACAAGCCCCUCCGCCUCCCCCUUCAGGACGUCUACAAGAUUGGUGGUAUCGGUACUGUCCCCGUGGGCCGUGUCGAGACUGGGGUCCUCAAGCCCGGUAUGGUCGUCACCUUCGCCCCAACUGGUCUCACAACUGAAGUUAAGUCUGUUGAAAUGCACCACGAGGCCCUUCAGGAGGCCCUUCCUGGAGACAAUGUAGGCUUCAACGUGAAGAACGUUGCUGUGAAGGACUUGAAGCGUGGCUUUGUUGCCUCCAACUCUAAGGACGACCCCGCGAAAGAGGCUGCCAACUUCACUUCGCAAGUCAUCAUCAUGAACCACCCCGGUCAGAUCGCAAAUGGCUAUGCCCCCGUCCUUGAUUGCCACACCUGUCACAUUGCUGUGAAGUUUGCUGAGAUUUUGACCAAGAUCGACAGGCGAUCUGGCAAGGAGCUUGAGAAGGAGCCGAAGUUCCUGAAGAACGGAGAUGCGGGUUUAGUGAAGAUGAUUCCCACGAAGCCGAUGGUGGUCGAGACGUUCUCCGAGUACCCGCCUUUGGGUAGGUUCGCUGUCAGGGACAUGAGGCAGACAGUUGCCGUCGGUGUCAUUAAGAGUGUGGAGAAGAAGGAUCCCACCGGGGCUAAGGUGACUAAGGCUGCUCAGAAAAAGAAAUGAACUGAUAAUACCUUAUCGGUUUGGUCUGUCGGGAGUAGAGGUCGUCAUUGUGUGGUUUGUUCUUGUCGUCAUGAGUUGAUCAACAAGCUAUCCGGUGUCUGGAUGCAGAACUGGGUUCUUGAUCGGCGGUGGCAUUGUUGAAGGUUGGUGUCUUUUACUAUUUCAUGUUGUUUUUGCUUUAAUUAAAAACUAUUUUGUGAUGUUAACUUAAAAGGGUCUUGAUUGAGUUUGCUUGUUGUUGGGAAAAACAUAUUUUCCCCCUAUUUUUAUUUUAGCCAAAUAGUGGACCUUCUGUAUUAAGAAAUAAAUAUAGUGUUUCAUGGUUUUUCUUGCUUGCCGUGAUUAUGUUUUAUGUAGUACCUUGUAAUUGCUGUUA